CCGACUGACUCAGCCGAGGUCUCUCAUGAGUCUCAUCAUUCCAUCGGCGACUGCCGUCGAGAUCAGUUGUGUAAGACGCCUGGGAGACCCGGCUCGUUUAGCAGGCAGACGAAAGACUGUGUCAUUACAUUUCCGGACGAUAAGUGAAACAUUAUCGUGUAGAUAACAAGUGAGAGAGAAGGACGUACUAAGUGCCAAGAAAACUUGCAAAAAAUAUUAGAGAUAGUUUUAUGUGUUUAUUUCCUGUAAUUUUUUUUUUAAUUGUGUCCUGAAACAAGAAGUCGGUGUCAAGUCUGCAAGCAGAGGAGCAUCUGUUCAGUACAUACCUACAUUUCUUUUAAAAGGAAUUUUACGCCGUUUUGAGGUAACGCUGCCGGCGACGCUGACGAUGUUGGAGGGCGUGUGGGCGGUGCUAACGAUGGGGACACUCACGUCGCUUCUGGCUGUGACUUCGCAGGUGUCAGGCAGCGAGGUGGUCAGUCGACAACGUCGUCUCGCGAAAACUGAGUUUUCGAAUAAAUUCGUAGGAGUGAGCAGUAGGUGUUCCAGGGGAUCCCUGACCGUUGAAGUGGGAACGGCAGAAGCCUUUUUCGGGUCAGUUUAUGCCCGGGGCUACCCUGGUCGUUGCCGAGUCACGGGCGAGGGUGAGACGACCACAAUUCUCGAAGUUCCUACUCAGAAGUGCGGUGUCAAGAUCAUCGAAGAUGAGAAUGGCGGCCAUACCUACGAGCUGCUGGUGUACAUACAGUUCGACAAAUGGGUGCAACAGGUCAUUGACGAGCAGGUGCAUGUCAGGUGCAGGGCUGAUAAGCCAGAUGGGGAGCUACAAGCAAAGGCGCAGAUGAAUGUAGCCAACAGCGACCCUGGGUUGUUCGAAGAGAUCCAGGCAAAGAGCUCUGAGCCAACGUCAGUCAAAAAGAACUCUAUUGCUUCUCUGAUUUUUGCCAAUGAUUUGACCCCUUCUACCUCUUCGUCGGCUUCUUCAGUGUCCUCCAGUUCUAGCAGCAUCUCCAGCAGCAUCAGUAGCAGUAGCAGCAGAAGUAGCAGCACAAGUAACAUUCUUAGGGGAAACGGCAGAAGUAGCACCAGUGGCGGCAGCAGUAACACAGCAAAUAAGCUGAAGCGAUUGGUCACUUCAAGGAACAACCCUCCCAUCGUCAGAAGUCGGUCAGAGGAGGACAUGAGAGACUGGUUUCCAGUGGCUGCCCCGCCCGAGGUCAUGAGAUGGAAGAGUAAGAGACCAGAUGGAAGCCCAGAGCCAGUCUCCUGUUGGAUGGACAUCGUCACGGGAAAUAAUAUGGACGGUAAACCCGUGUUGGACCACCUCCUUGUAGGAGACGACGCAACCAUGGUCCUGAAGAUCCGUCAGGAAUCGGGCCUUGACACUCGCAUCACAUCUUGCCUGGCUCACGACGGCUCCGGAGAACAGAGUCAAGACCUCAUUGACGAAAAUGGCUGCGCCGUCGAUGACGCCAUCAUGCCCCCUCUCAGAGUGAAGAGCAACGUCCGCAGCGGAGUGAAGGUGGCCUACGCGUCCUUCAAGGCGUUUAAGUUCCCCGACAGGGACAACCUACAUCUGAAGUGCGCCGUUCUUGUCUGUCUAGGAGCCUGUCAGCUGCCGGUCUGCGGACGGACAUCAAACCGCGUCGGACGUCGUAUGGGGGCCAGCGGACAGGGGUCUAUACAACCCGUAGAAGACAUCGACACUUCAGUUCUUGUGCAACAGACGAGCCGUGGCAAUGACAGAGCCCUUGGGGUUAGGAUCCUCGAUAAAGUCGAGGUCUUCAACUCGGUUGAGGUUCGUGCCCCUGGGAUUGAGAGCCAGCAGGACCUCGUCAAGCAAUACCGAACGGACAGAGGCCCCGUGAACGACGUGGACUUCUUCAGCAACGAGAGCAUGUUUUGCGUGACACCCUACAAGAUGAUCCUGGCCUUCGGCGUGCUCCUGACGGUACUGCUGGUGGCACUGCUCUUCGCCCUGUAUUCUUGCGUCAAGGCAAGAGUCAUGAAGUCCAGGCUAAGGACACCGCAGCCCUUGGAAGCGCAGAGACGCUCCCCGGUCACGAGCCCCUACUACAGGUUCCCGCACUGAUGCAAAACGGGAAGUGUUCGUCAGUCGUUUUUGGUGAGAUUCUGGGUCUAAUAAGGUCCCAUACACUUCAGAAUCUUGUGGUACAAUUCUUUAUGGGAUGCUCGAACGAGCUAGAGUCUGUGCCGGCACAAGGCCGAGUUGAUUUAACAGCAAAACUACAAAAUCAACACUGCUGUAACUGGUAUCAACAACCUGGUUCUUCUUCGCUGAAUUCAUUCGGGAGAAGCAUGGUCUUCUAAGGAGACCUCUCCUUAGCCGCGUGCCGACUUCGCGUCUCGAGAGAUUUCGUAUAGUUUAGUAAUAUGUUCAUUGAUAAAGGAUGAAUGAGCUUUCUUUUGAAUAAUGAUAUAAAAAAAGGAAAUGAUCUCUCGAAUGAACCAGGUGUAAAACAUAUUUCGUAAAUUUCAUGAACUUGGGGAACUUUUAUCAAUACAAGAUGGACGUUAAUAAGCUGCUUAAAACGCAUUUUUUUUUCUUUAAUGUAAAAGACGACGCCAAAGUAGGGAAAUAUAAAGGUCACCUUUCAAGUAGCUAGUGAGAAUAGCACCUUCAUUGUAGAUUAGUCACCUCCUAUUUUCCAUUUUUAUUUAUUUAUUUGUUUGUUGACUUCUUUCGCCAAUGAGGACAUCAGUCCCAAGCCAACCAAGUGUAAAAUUCUAAUCGUGUUUCUAAAACCUAUAGAAACGGGCAUUAUUAUUUGUAUAAUUUAUAUAUGAGAAUUUUUAUUUGUGACAUGUUUUUAUGUGUUAUAGGUUAAGCUGUACAUACACCGAUCUGUUACAGAUCACACAUUAAAUUUUUUUGAAAAUAA